ACGGGCCCUAACUAAUCCCAUUUCCGACAUGGAAUGGUAACCGGACGAGAAGCCGUGGUUUGCCAUAACGUUAGGCCGUCUUGUCGGCUUUCCAUUCCCCAGAAUAAAUAUGUAAACCCUUUCCUAUCCUGGGUUAUCCUAUCUUGCAAAUAAAGUGUCUAAGUCUAAGAGCUGAAAUUCAAUUGUUACAUCACCGUUGACUUACUCGCGAUUAGCCAUUGUUACGGAUAUAAACAAGGAAGUCGAUGCUUGGAAUGAAUAUACACUGGUUGGUAAGGCCUGGGAUGACUUGUUUAAAACUAUUUUGCUGCCUCUUUCCGUUUAUUUUAACACUUGUAUCUGCGGUGUCAGACAAAUCGGAUAACGUUACAAUAAUCGUUCUUCACGAUUUUCGUGACAUCAACUUUCGAAAGCUAUUAGACGCGACUGAGAGUUUAGUCAAUGUGAAGUUUUCCACCAAACUCAACCUGCACUGUGAAGACAUUUUCUUAGACAACCAUAAUGACGUAACCGGUCGGCAUUUGUUCAACGUGGGGGAAUGGCUACGUAAGAAUAGAAAAGUGGAGGCGGUUGUAGGACCGACAGAUUCAGAUGGAGUUCUAUUAUUUCACCCACAUGCCGUUCUGCUUCGAGCCCCACAUUUCGCCCCAGUGGCAACCGAUCCAAUAUUUGAAUCAACUGACAGAUUUCCAUUCUUAAUCAGGAUGCAGCAUGAUUAUCGACAUCAGAUAUUUGCCUUGCUCGGUGUUGUGAAAAAACUUAAUUGGCGAACCACUGCUAUCAUAUCGAGUGAUGGAGAUCAUGAGAGACGUGCAGCGGAACGGUUCAGCGAAACAGCAGAGAAAUCCGGAAUGAAUGUACUCCGUCAGAUAUGUGGCGAGCAAACCAGUAGAACUCAAAUAAUAGAUUGCCUCGGUGUUGUCAAACGAUCAGGUCAAAGAGUUAUAUCUUUGAUUUGUGGCCAGAAGUUUGCUAGUCAAAUGCUUGAUGUCGCCGGGGAACUGAAAAUGACAGGAUCAGGAUGGGCAUGGAUAUUGUGGAGCGAUAUAAUAGAUGAUAUACCAAUGCAAGAUGAUAUACCUCAACACGAAGAAACAAGCGUGAGAUGGAAGACUAAUACUCCCACAUACCUCCUUGACAUACCGGGAUUACUCGCCAUAAAAACAUCUUAUUCGCGUGGACUUCUUUUGGAUGAUUUUAUAUCUGAGUAUUUGAAACACAAUUCAACGAAAGGCAUUGAAUUUCCAACAAUAAAACGGCUAAAAUACGUAGAUUCAAUAUUGGCUGCGGUUAAUGGUAUCAUUUCAAUGGAAAAUACCCCUGACGAUGAUCGUUUUUCAUUGUUGCAUCACGUCACGUCUGCAAAUAUAAAUUCAUCCGGAGUAACUGAUAAUAUUAUUUUGGAUCCACAAAAUCGAAUUUCACGACAUUCCGUUAGGUUUGACGUUAUGAAUUGUAAAGAUAAUGGAAAGUGGUUGAAAAUAGGAGAAUGGACAGACAAUAAUGGUGCAUUGGAAUCGUUAAGUCGGAAUUUUACACUGAAUAUGGAUCUGGAUGAAUUGCUUUUACCUGGAGGCGAAAGGGAGAUCAGUUCAUAUUUAGCCCAGCUGCAGUUUCAAGUGUUUGAAGUUGUCACAAUUGAUUCUCCGCCUUUUGUCUAUAUAAACAAGACUAAGGUUAGUCGAACAUUUGAAGCUGGAGACAGUUAUGUUCAAUACUCUGGAUUUUGCAUCGAUCUUUUUGAUGCUCUGAGCAAGGAACUUGGAUUCCAGUACAAUAUCAGAAAUCUUGGAAAAACGGGAGAGUUUGGAUCGAGAAAUCCGGUGAGUGGACAUUGGAACGGAUUAAUCGGUGAACUGGUAUCCAGCAAAGCUGACAUAGCUGUCGCACCUCUGACUAUCACUGAAAAUAGAGCAACAGUGGUUGAUCUAACAAGCGCGUUCAUGGAGACGAAGCUAAAGUUUGCCAUUAAUCGUGAUGCAAUUAUGCAUGGAGCAGAUUCAUUCGUCUACGGACGCUUCUCGUUUUUGCAUCCUUUCAGCACGGAACUAUGGGUAGCUCUGAUGAUAAGCGUGAUAUUGAUGGGUAUUUACCUCACCGUGAUUUCUCGACUGAGCCCCUACGGGGCACACGGACACUACUUCCAGAGCGAACGAGGAGCGGAAUCGAGCGUUCGAAUGGCCAGACGAAGAAGUAGCGCCUUUCUUCCGUCGAGUACAAAUUUCGGUCGAAGUUCUUUGGGUAUUUCUGUAGACAAGCGGAAAAAUUACGGAGCUCAAAAUUUAAAUCAUGGUAGAAAAAGUGCUGAAAUACAUGGACAAGUGGAGUCAGAUUCAGAUGAAGAAGAAGAAGAACAAGUGAGGCAAGAUGCUCGCCGAUUUAUGUCUAUCAAUAACGCGUUAUACUUUGCCUGUGCUGGCCUUCUUUGGCAGAGUCCCGAAUGUGUGCCUCGCGCGCUUUCGGCAAGAAUGGCUGCUGGAAUUUGGUACAUGGUUGGCGUUAUUAUUGUUGCUUCAUACACGGCAAAUAUGGUCGCUUUUGUUUCACAGACCAGUACCACAAGUCGUCUUAGUACUGUUGAAGAUCUACUAAAUCAAAGAAUGAUUUUACCUGCCACAGUCGCUUCUAGUUCCGUCGACAGUUUGUUGAUGACAUCAAACCUCGAUGUAGCAGAAAGACUGCAUAAAGAUAUUUUGCGCAACCCAAAAAUUUCGUUGCAACCUAACGUAGCCUCAGCGUUGAAUUUGACCAAUCGUGGAGAUGUAGCUUUCAUAUGGGAAGGAGUGUCUUUGGAUUAUUUCGCUUCUAAAGAUGAUUGUCACCUGACUACAAUUCCAUUAGGAUUUGGCAAAGCAUCUUACGCCUUUGCUCUCAAGAGAGGAUCCGCUUUUACUGAGGCUUUUAAUCGCCAGAUUUUAAAAUUUCGUCAGACUGGAUUUCUGGAAGAAUUGUAUGACAAGCAUUUUAAGGAAACAUGCAUGGGAUCAUCGACGGAAAGAGACACGUCGGAAGCCUAUGAUCGACUUACGUAUUCCAGUCUGUCCGGUGUUUUUCUUAUGAUAUCGGUUGGUGCAGCAAUCAGUGUGUUGAUGAUUGCGAUUGAAUGGAUUGUUUCAUCUUUUUCUGAAAUCGAUCGGACAGAUUUGAAAAAACCUUCCGACUUGUCAUCGGCCUUAAAAAUUAAACUUCAAAGAUUGAAAGUUGAUUUUAACAGUAAUUGGCUCCCGUUUAGAAACAUACGAGAACAUUGGUCUAAAUUCAGACCAACCAAAGAGACUGACAUUCCGACCAAAAUAGGUUUCCCUUCUGAGCAAUGGAAAAGAUUUUCAUCCAGUGUUGGUUCUGAAAAACUUCAUCCCGGUGAAUCUAUAUCCGAUCCAGAAUUAUAAAUACAUUGAAAAUAUGACUGGUUCUCAUUCUGUUUAAAUUUGAGCAUUGUUCUCUUGUUUUGUUUUUUAUGAAGAAUACAAAUUUGUGAGUGUUUUUGAGUAAAAUAAAU